GUAGGAAUUUGAAAACGAGGCUAAACCAAAACAAGCAAAAUGGCGUUCAUGCACAGGUUUCUGUGCUGGAACCUUAGAACGGCUUCGAUCGUUUGUUUUAUAUUUGUGGCUAUCACAUCAUUUUUCGCCCUGAUAAUGCGACUGAUAGAUCUGCUUGCAAUAAGUACUGAAUUUGAGAUCAGCCAAGGAUUUCACACACAGUGGAGGUCGCAUCAGUGGCGAGCGUUCCUUGCUAGUGAUGUGGUCUGCACAUUUGACCACAUUCUGAUGUGCUUCUUCAGUGUCUUCAUGCUGAUUCAAGUCACUUACAGACAUUUUGUGAUGUACAUGCAUUGGUUGAAGAAGUACAUCAUUUUCUACAUCCUCUACAUCUUUGUUGAGUUCUGCUUCUCAACCUUUGAAUUCUCUUACUAUGCCAUGAACACAUUCAGACUGGCAUAUGUUGUCUGGCUGUUCCUGUAUUGGCUUGGAAGAACACUGGUGAAUAUCACCUUUGUUGUAAUCCUGAUGGCCCGGAAGCAGGAAAUCAUUGAACAGACAGACAGAGAGCUGCGCUUUGCUGGGGAGAAAAAGAGAAAAGGACUCGGAUAUUACUAACUCACAAGCUAUUGUGUUCUUUUUGAGGAGUUGAAGAAUCAAAUAGAAGACAUAAGUGAUUAUUGUUUUAAUGACAGACUCUGAGGGCUUUCCUCCCUAAAAUGUGUUAAAUUGAACAGAAAAUAAUUAUCGUUUAAAUAGUGUAAAGUUCAGCUUAUGACAUUAACAUCUGAUUGUCUGUUUGACAAAUAAUUUCAUUAUCUGUGGAGGGAGGAUUUACAUUGGAACAAAAAAAAAAGUAUUAGUUACAUUCUAAUGUAUGAAGGACAAACAUACCUCAUACAAACCAAUAAGGGACAUUGUAUAAGAUACAAGUACACAAAGGUCUGAUAAGUUGUAAAUAUGCAUCUGUAAACUUGUAAUAUAUUAAACAUUCCAUUCAUCUUUUAUUGUACAUUUAUAUAGUCACAUGAUCAUUUUGACAUUAUAUAUUCAAUCUUGUAUACAUUGUAAGAAGUCUAACAAAGUCAGACAUAUAUCUUACUCACCCGUAGCUGUAUCUAGUAGAAGAAUUAGAAACUGGGAGAAAAACAACAUUAUUUUGAAAAUUUAAAAUUAUUCAUCUGCUUAAGCCAUGUUUAAAAUUAAACAGGAAUAUUACACGGCAUCUGUCAAUUGUCUUAUUUGUUGUGAAAUGAAGUAAUAUAUGUCUCAUCACAUUUGAUACUUAUAUACUUAUGAAACAACAGUAGUGCUGUAUAUUUACUCAUUAUUAUAUCCUUGCAAAAUCUACAUUGUAAAUACUUUUAUUUCGGAGACAUUUUAUUAUUAUUUUUGUACAGGACAUUUUUACAAAAUAAAUUAUCCUUUCAAUCUAA